AUGUCUGCGCCUUUAACUCACAAAACACAGGAUGACACAGACGCAGAAAUCUUGGAAUUUCUGCAAUUGAUUGAUGAUUCGGACAACAAGACCUUCGAUCCGUCAACAUAUUUCCAAUUCAAAGAAGAGAAAGAAUGGGAUAUAUCUAGUGAGACGUUUGAAAAUGAGACCAAUGAGACAUAUCAAAAUCUUAUGAACAUUCGUUUUGAUUCUUUAGAAUUAUCAUUAGGCAGUGUCCCAUUACAUGAAAGAUUGGAUUUAGACGAUCUUUUUUUAAAAGAUGAUGAUUCAUGGAUGAUGUUAAACCUUACACGUCCUAUCGUUCCAAAAACUAUAAAAUCUGUCGUUCAAAAAUCAUUAGUGCGUAAAAGCCAAGAUGCCUCUAGUACGCAAAGUGUACAAGGUCUGACUACUAGAAAUUCAAUAGCUACACCUAAUACUAAAGCAGUAAAAGAGGUGAAGGCCAAAAUAACAGAGACCAAACCAGUCAAUGAUGGAAACGAUAUUGAUGAUUUUUUUAAAUCGCUCGAAGAUGAAGACGCUAAACCGCUUCCUAGGUCAAAUAAUAUUAAGAAACAGCCGAUUCGGAAAGCAACCGGCAGAGGUAAAGCAUCUAGAAAAAAUAAAACUGAAACUGAGAUGGUAAAGUGGUUGGACGAUGUUUUGAAUGAUUAA